CACUCCCUUAGCCGAGUUCAGUCUGAUUCCAAUUCCAGGUCUCAUUGCCUGUAUUUCAGAAUGAGUCUUCCAGAAAUGAUGCUGCUACUGAGUCUUCUCCCUUUUCUGCUUAACAGAGCUGCUGCUCAGGAGAAGGCAGAUGUCUGCUGCACCACUGGGUAUGAGUGGGCAUCACUGAAUCAGGAUUGUGCUGGCCUGCCUGCUGUCCCAGACUCCAAACAGUGCAGUGUAAUCCAAGAACAAUGUUGCCUUAAUCAACUGGAGGAACUGCACUGUACAACCGGCAUCAACAUCGCCACCGAGAAAAAUUCUUGUGAUACAAGCGACCAGGAAAAACCUUCAAGCUGCGAAGCCAGGUUUGUGAAGAGGUGCUGCAACUGCUGCUUGCUGGGUAAAGAAGCCCAGGCCCGGGGUGAAAGCUGUGAACAAAGCACGUUCCUGGGCUACCAAUGCAGCCUGGUGUUCAGAGCCUGCUGUGUGAAAGGACAAGAGGGGAACGAAGCCCCCAACCAGGAUGAAGCCAACAACUCUGUGGUCUCCAACACCGAUAAUGAAGACCCCUCCCUGAAUGACAGAUGCAGAGGUGGCGGGCCGUGCACCCAGCAGUGCAGAGAUACCGGAAGCAGCGUGGUCUGUUCCUGUUAUGCGGGUUACAAGCUCCAUCCUGACGGAGUCACCUGUGACGAUAUAAAUGAAUGUAUCACUGGGACACAUAAUUGUAAGGUGGGACAGAUCUGCAUCAAUCAAAUUGGUUCCUUCCGUUGUCAGAGGGAGAUAAACUGCGGCACUGGCUAUGAACUUACAGAGGAUAACAGCUGUAAAGAUAUUGAUGAGUGUGGAACAGGGACUCACAACUGUCUCCCAACAUUCAACUGUCAGAACACGCCCGGAUCUUUCCGCUGUCACCCUAAAGUGCAAUGCAGCAGUGGGUUCAUUCAGGAUGCCCUGGGCAACUGUAUUGAUAUCAAUGAAUGUCUCAGCGUCAAUGCGCCAUGUCCUCAAGGUCAGACCUGUAUCAACACUGAAGGUUCCUACACUUGUCAGCGGCACGUGGUCAACUGUGGAAGGGGAUAUCACCUAAGCGCCGACGGAACAAAAUGCGAAGAUAUAAAUGAGUGCUCCAGCAUCCAGAACCCCUGUGGUGAGGGGCACACCUGCCUAAAUGUGCCCGGUUCCUACCGAUGUGACUGCCAAGCUGGAUAUCACUUUGACACCCUCAGCAGAUCAUGUGCUGAUAUUAAUGAGUGCAGAGGAUACCUAGGUCGUGUCUGUGCCCACAAGUGUGAAAACACUGCUGGCUCCUUCUACUGCAGCUGUUCCACUGGCUUCAAGUUGGGUUUGGAUAGCCGGACUUGUGAAGAUGUGGAUGAAUGUAGUAGCAAUCCCUGCAGCCAGGAGUGUGCCAACGUCUAUGGAUCAUACCAGUGUUACUGCCGUCGAGGGUACCAGCUAAGCGAUGUGGAUGGAAUCACAUGUGAAGAUAUUGAUGAAUGUGCUCUGCCAACCGGUGGACACAUAUGUGCCUACCGUUGCAACAAUGUUCCUGGCAGCUUCCGUUGCACCUGCCCCUCCACCGGAUAUGCACUGGCUCCUAAUGGCCGAAACUGUCAAGAUGUGGAUGAGUGUGUGACGGGAACACAUAACUGUAGCGGGUCUGAGACUUGCUUCAAUAUCCAAGGAGGAUUCAAGUGUCUUUCAUUCGAAUGUCCCAAGAAUUACCGCAAAGCUAUUGAGACAUAUGAAAGAAGAGAUAAUAGUCGCUGUAUUAAAUCCUGCCGGCCAAGUGACUUCAACUGCAUAACUGAUCCUGUCCACUCCAUAUCAAACACUGUCAUCUCUCUGCCCACUUUCCGGGAAUUCAUUCAUCCAGAAGACAUUAUCUUCCUCCGUGCCGUGACUCCUGCAUACUCACCCGGCCCUCAGCCAGACAUCAUAUUUCAUAUCAUUGAGGGAAAUAUAAGAGACUCCUUUGACAUUCAGAAACGUUAUAUGGAUGGAACCAUAGUCGGUGUUGUGCGCCAAAUAAAGCCCAUUGUGGGUCCAAUGCAUACCAUUUUGAAGCUGGAGAUGAGUUAUGCCGUGGGUGGAGUGGUAUCUCACAAGAACAUUGUCAAUGUCCACAUAUUUGUAUCAGAGUUCUGGUUCUAAGUGAUAUCAUAAUCUUCUAUUUCCAUCAGUAAUCGUAUCUAAUGAGGCCUAACAUUGUAACAUUAAAUAUGGCCCACUGGGGUCGCAAAUGGUCAUCAAAGGCUUUUCUGAACACUCUCUUUUCUGAAGUAACACCUCCAUUUACAAAGACCAGUUUUCACAGCAUCUACAAGUUGAUCUUCAAAAUAAUUAGACCCAUUAUUUCAGACAUCAGAAAUAAUGGUGUUAUAAAAAAUUUUUUGGUGCAGACUGGACCACCUUUGCUUCAUAACAGAUAUUAAUUUAGAGCACUAUUAUAUGAGGUGGGUAUAUGAAUGGGCCUUACAUUACAUGGAUUUGGCUUAAGCCAAGAAUAAAUUUAAAAUGACAAAAGAAUGAGAGCUAGAAUCUGAUUGGCUGUCAGUGGUAACAACAAUGCUAGUUUCUACAAAACACACACACUGUUAAAACUUUGCUAUCUGGCUAACAAAAAUGUAAGGGCCCGACAUUUGCCAAGGUGUAGAAAAGAUAGUUAAGUGACUUGCAAUAUGGACUAUGUAAUAGUCAGAAAAUUUAAUCUGCUCCUGGUAUGACUUGGUAUAGAACAGCGACAAAAUUUGUGCCAUUUUCUGACCUUAAAACAUCUCCAGCACCUAUUUUUCAAAAACGGUGAGUAAAGUAAAAAAAAAGGUUUGUGCAAAUAUUGUGGCUUUGUAAGGCACAAUUUAUGCCACAAACUGGUUUAAAUGAUCAAUAAAAAUAGAGUUUUUGCCUACAACUUUCUAAGGCUUCAUUCAUGUUGCCAUUAAUUAUUUUCAUUGUUCUGCUCCGUUUAUAGCAGGUGAACAAUGAAAAUACUGGAAGAGGUGCUUCUGUCAAAUGACAGAAACAAAUAGCACCAGACCUCAUGGACUAUAAGUGGGUCUGGAAGGUUUUGUCAGGGAGGUCGCUAAUGGACAGAAGCACCUUAUUAAAGUGGUUUUCUGGGACUAAGAUAUUGAUCAUCAAUAUCAGAUCAGUGGGGGUCGGACACCAGGCGCCUCACCAAUCAGAUGUUGGCAGAGGCUGCAGUUCUGGAAGUAAGCAGUGUACAGAACCAGAACAUCACAGCUCUGUACAAUGUGUAAUGGACAUUCUUGGUUUCUUCCAGAACUGCAGGUGCUGCUUACAGCUUAUUGAAGGGGGGACUAGGUGUUUGACCUCCAUCAAUAUGAUACUGAUGAGUUAUCCUAUAGAUCUCCAAGCAAGUGGUAUAUGGAUUCAUAGAAAGUCUAUAGACUAUAGCUGUACUCUGUGAGGAGCAGUGACCAGACGGGAACAGAAAUAAAACGGCCCAAAUUUGCGUUUCUGACCCCUAGUGAUCAGUGGGGGUCUCAGCUCCAGGACCUAGAAUUUCUGACUCAGACAGACCUCUUCAAUUUAGUAGCUUUAUUAAAGGGACAUUACAGGGGGGUUAUGCACUUGCUAAGAGGCCUCAUUAAUACUCUAGCCACAGAGGCUGAACCCCCUUCCACUUAUAAAUUUUUCCUGAUUCUUUUGAGCCAUUCUGAAGUCCUUAGAGGGUUCAUGUGAAGGCCAAUUUUGACUCUUUUACCAUUACAUGAACUGUAUAAAAAUUAGGAUCCCUCAUGACUAAUCUGACAUUGUCAGUGGCCUUACAUCAUCCUCCCUUCUGACUCUGUAGACUCACUUAGCACCCACUCUUCACAAAGUUCUCUAGGGAAUUCCUACAAGGAUUUUCUGUUCUGUCCGACAUUAAAAAUAUGUAUGUUUCUAUUGUUCCAGGAACAGUGCCACCCUUGUCCAUUAGUGGUGUCAGGUAUUACAGUCUAGCCUCAUUGACUUUAAUGGGUAUGAGCUGCAGUACCAGAAGCGUGGCACUGUUUAUGUUAAGAAACAUCCUAUUUUUCUAAUCUGGUUCAGACCGUUCUCUGUAAUUAUGGUUCAGGGUCCCUAAGAGAAGAAAAAUAUAUAAAAUUACCUCCGUCCAAUUUCUAGAUCAUCAGGUAAUAUGCCAUUUGCCACUGUAGUUGCCAGUAUUUUAAAAGGGGUUAUCUAUUUUUUUCUUAAUAAAUCUUGCUCCUCAAAUGAUGAAAAGUUAUGCAGCAGUUCCGUACAGUUUUGAAGAUGUCUGCUUGCUUCCAGUGACUGGAAAUGCUGUCAAUAGAUCACAAAAUAUAUUAGUAAGCUGCAUAACUGUUAAUGGGGGUGUCUUAUCUCAGACUUUGAUGCCAUAUCCUAGCGAUGUGCCAUCAAAGUCUGAGAUGAAACAGCCCCCUUAAUUACACAGUAUGAGUAGUUAUAUUAUAGAUGUAGCUUGCAAGGAUGUUGUUAAAACAAUGAAAACCCUUACCUUACCAUCCAGGGCCUUCUUCAAUCUAGCGGCACCACUUGGUCCCAUGCGCUAGGCUGCAGCAGUGAUGUAUUGUGGAUGCAGGGGAUAUGUCCUGUAUACCACCAAUCACUGGCCUCAGCAGUCUCAUGCCAUGCACUGCUGAGGCCUUUGAUUGGCUGCAGUAUAUGGAACAUCAUCAAUAUGUCACUGCUGCAGCCCAGGAUGGAAGAUGGAGUGCUGGCGCUGGAUCGGAGGGGUGCUGGAAGGCAAGAGAAUUGUUUUCAAUUUUUUAACAGUAUCCCAGUAUGAUACAUCUAUUCUAUAAAAACUCGGACACAACCCCUUUAAGCUUUAUCGAUAUUAGACUGGAUGGAUUUUUAAAAUCUCAUUAUUUUGAUAAAACGAAAGUUGAUUUUUGCUAAUUAAUAAUGUAAAUAUACUUAGUCGUGAUUCAUACUCGUAGCUGCAGAUGUUAUUUCAUGAAAUGCUUGCUGGUUGGUACGAAAUACUGGAUUCAUCUGCGUCAUGUAUAACCUGUUCUUAACCACAGAUAUGCACAACUAUCUGGUAUUAUUCAGUUUUAGUUUUUAUGUAACAAUUCAUUUGAGGGUUGUAUGAUAUUAUAAUGAGUACGAGGUUGUGGUUUGUGUUAAUGAUAUAAUAAAUAGCUGUAUUAAAGUAGA